CGCUCGUCGGCCUCUCUAGGCGGCGGGUUCCGCCCCACUCCGCUCCGCUGGCCCCGUUCCUCCCGGACAGGCCGAGGAAAUGGGGUCGCUGGGCAAGGCGCUGCAGGCGGCUGCGGUGCUGGCCUCGGGCGCGGGUUUGGGGACCUUCCUCUUCGUGCUGGUGACGCCGGGGGAGCAGCGGACGCGCGAGCUGCUCAAGGAGACACCAGAGAGGAACCCGCAGCACCGGAACGAGGCGACCGAAACCAAGAAACUGUGGAUGGACACGCUCCGGGAGGCCGCAGAGACCCACGAGAAUGUGGCCUGGAGGAAGAACUGGAACCGCCAGGCGGGCGGGCGGGAGGCCUGACACCCCUUCUUGGGGUCCCCCCCCACUUCCCCAGGGCCACUGAGGGCUGGGACCUACCCCCAUGGCCGGUGGGCACCUCAUCUCGUUCUGCAGUGUGGAAUAAACCCUGGGCUCUCAAGUGACUUUCGGCGAGGGUCCUAAGGUGGGAUCCAUCUCCUCCCGCUGCUUGUUAGUUUCUGGCUUCACUCUGAUCAAGUAAACGAUGGGGGAUGAGGGGGAUGUACUUUCCUCCGCCCCCAGAAUAAACCUUAACACCCCACAA